AGUGUGGGCGCUGUCCCCUGGGCGUCUGCAGCGGGAUCCCGCGCAGCUCCCUGCACAAUCCCAAGUCCCACGGCGAGUGCUGCCAUGCUCCUGCUGCUGGCGCUGUGCUGGGGGCUGCCGCUCUGUGCGGGGGCGCCGGGAGAGGCGCAGAACUGGGGUGACACUUCGGAGCAAGUUGGACUCAGGGUCCCGAGGCAACUCCGGCUGUUGCAAAGGCUGAAAACCAAACCUUUGAUGACAGAAUUCUCGGUGAAGUCUACCAUUAUUUCUCGCUAUGCCUUCACUACGGUUUCCUGCAGAAUGCUGAAUAGAGCUUCUGAGGACCAAGAAAUUGAGUUUCUGAUGCAGAUUCCAGCCGCAGCUUUCAUCACCAACUUUACUAUGCUAAUUGGAGACACAGUGUAUCAGGGAGAAAUUACAGAGAGAGAAAAGAAAAAUGGUAAUAAAGUAAAAGAGGAAAGGAAUAAAACCACAGAAGAUAAUGGGGAGAAGGGGACUGAAACGUUCAGAGCCUCCGGGGUCAUUCCCAGCAAGGACAAAGCUGUCUUCCUCCUGAGUUAUGAAGAGCUCUUGCAGAGGCGGCUUGGGAAGUAUGAGCACGUCAUCAGUGUGCGACCCCAGCAACUGGUGGGGAGGCUGACAGUGGAAGUGAAUAUUCUGGAGAGUUCGGGCAUCAAGUCUCUGGAGGUGCUGCCUCUACACAACAGUAGGCAGAAGGGCAGCGGAAGGGCGGAAGCAGAUGAUGCUGGGCCACCUCCUUCUACUGUUAUCAACCAAAAUGAAACUUUUGCCAAAGUCAUUUUUAAGCCUAGUGUGGUUCAGCAAGCAAGGAUUGCUCAGAAUGGCGUUUUGGGAGAUUUCAUCAUUAGAUAUGAUGUUAAUAGGGAACAGAACAUUGGGGACAUCCAGGUGCUAAAUGAAUAUUUUGUGCACUACUUUGCCCCCAAAGACCUUCCUCCUUUACCCAAGAAUGUGGUAUUUGUGCUUGACAGCAGUGCCUCCAUGGUAGGAACCAAGCUCCGGCAGACCAAGGAUGCCCUCUUCAGAAUCCUCCAUGACCUCCGACCCCAGGACCGCUUCAAUAUCAUUGGAUUUUCCAACCGGAUCAAAGUGUGGAAGGACCAUUUGGUAUCAGUGACUCCAAACAAUAUCAGAGACGGCAAAGUCUACAUUCACCACAUGUCGCCCACCGGAGGCACAGACAUCAAUGGGGCCCUGCAGAGGGGCAUCAGGCUGCUCAACAACUACGUGGCUCACAAUGACAUUGAAGACCGCACCGUGUCCCUCAUCAUCUUCCUGACGGAUGGGAAACCCACUGUUGGGGAGACUCACACCCUCAAGAUUCUCAACAAUACCAAGGAGGCCGCCCGAGGCCAAAUCUGCAUUUUCACCAUUGGCAUCGGGAAUGACGUGGACUUCAAGCUGCUGGAGAAACUGUCGCUGGAGAACUGUGGCCUCACACGGCGUGUUCACGAGGAGGAGGAUGCAGGCUCACAGCUCAUUGGGUUCUAUGAUGAGAUCAGGACCCCUCUGCUCUCUGACAUUCACAUCAAUUACCCACCCAGCUCCGUGGAACAGGCUACCAGAACCUUCUUCCCCAACUACUUCAAUGGCUCAGAGAUCAUCAUUGCUGGGAAGCUGAUGGACAAGAAGAUAGAUCGACUGCACGUGGAAGUCAGGGCCAGCAACAGUAAGAAAUUUGUCAUACUGAAGACAGAUGUGCCUGUGGGGCCCCAGAAGGUGGGGAAUGAUGUCAUAGGAAGCAUCCGGCCCAACGGUGAUGGUGAGAAGGACCCCAACCACCUUGAGCGUCUCUGGAGCUACCUGACCGUAAAGGAGCUGCUGAAUUCCUGGCUGCAGAAUGACGACGAGCAGGAGAAGGAGCGACUGAGGCAGAAGGCCCAGGCUCUGGCCAUGAACUCUCACUUCCUCACCCCGUUCACCUCCAUGAAAUUGAAGAAAUCCACACUGCAGACAAGGAAGCUGGAGGACAGCUAUGGCAUGUCUGCUGCAACAGGGCCUGAGACAGUGGUGCAGAGUCUGCAAGGCUCCAACCUGCAGCCAGGAUCUACUCUCAAGAAACCAUAUAACCCAAGAAUUAAAGUUUCCAGAACAUCAGCGGAUGGAGACCCCCAUUUUGUUGUGGAUUUCCCCUUGAGCAAGCUCACUGUCUGCUUCAACAUUGAUGGGCAGCCCGGGGACAUCCUAAGGCUGGUCUCUGAUCAUGCAGACUCUGGUGUGACAGUGAAUGGAGCGUUAAUCGGGGCCCCUGCUCCUCCCAACGGCCACAAGAAACAACGCACUUACUUCCGCACCAUCACCAUCCUUGUCAACAAGCCCGAGAGGUCAUACUUGGAGAUCACACCGCACAGGGUCAUCCUGGAUGGCGGGGACAGGCUGGUCCUCCCCUGCAACCAGAGCAUGGUAGUGGAGAGUCGGGGGCUGGAGGUGUCAGUGUCUGCCAAUGCCAAUGUCACCGUCACCAUCCAAGGCACCAUUGCCUUCGUCAUCCUCAUUCACCUCUACAAAAAGCCAGCCCCCUACCAGCGAGACCACCUGGGCUUCUACAUCUCCAGCAGCAAAGGCCUUUCUGGCAACUGCCAUGGACUCUUAGGUCAGUUCCUGAACCAGGAUGCCAGACUCACAGAGGAGCCUGACAGGCUCAGCAGGAACACUACUAGUCCUCCAUUCCCAAAGGCAGAUGAGAAGUCUGAAACGGUCCUCAAGGUGAAAGGGCAUCAGGUCCCGGUGGUCUGGAAACAGAGGAAAAUCUACAACGGGGAGGAGCAGAUAGACUGCUGGUUUGCCAGGAACGCUGCCCAGCUGCUCGAUGGUGAAUACAAGGAUUACCUGGCAGCCCAUCCUUUUGACUCAGAGACUACCUUCGGCCUGGGACUAACCAAGGGACUCUGACACUAGUGUGCAUUAAUGUGAGAGUGCAUGACAGGGAAAUGGCCUUGGGGGAUACCAUCGUGUGGUUCUUGUUGCUGGCCUAUGCCCCAUCUCUUGGCAGUUAGCUGCAACCCCUGGCCUGCCCCUGGUGGCUUGUAGGACAGGCAUCAGCUUAAGCAAAGAGUAGGAUCAGGGAGCUGAAAUGAAAUGUUAUUUUCCCUGCUCCUUCCUCCUGACAUGCUCUCCUUAUGUCCUAUAGGGAAAGAUGGUAGCAUCAAGGGGGGAAGGUCAUGAUUAAAAGCAAGAAGUCUGUGUCUUAUAGCAACUGGCUUGUCCAUCUCAUAGCCUACCAAAAAGUAACUCUGAUGAAGUAAGGGUGCUGCAAAGUUUGUUUUCUCUAUGAAAAAAAGCCAAGUUUGGGCACACAGCUUUCCCCCUUAUAAAUGCUUAGGAAUCCUUCCUCUUAGCACUGCUACGAUCUCCAGCCUCUGCUUCAGGGGAUCCUCUGAUGGAGCCCAGGCCACAGGUCAUACAGAUAGCAUGGAGAUUUGAUCAUUGUAAACAAUUAAGUCUUUUCUUAGGAGAAGGUUUUCUUCUGCUAUAAUAUCUUGCCCUUGAAAAUUAGUUUUCAUUUUUAUAAAAAAAAUUGAUUUGGAAAUAGAAAGCCUAUAUCGCAGCUACCCAUGUCUUUCUCAUGGGUUUUGUAAAAUGCUUUACUUUGCCAGUGGAUAUUCUCCUAUUUAUUCCAGUAAGCUAAAUGCUUAUAAUAAAGAGGACAACUCUGCA